ACUGUUGUCCUGAUUCUUGAAGAAGGAGCUUACACUGUUCAGUUAGCUAUUCCCACAACACGUUACUAGGUACUUCACCAUGUGCGGUCCAGAUACCUGCACCAAGCCUCGUGGCGGCGCCUUAGCCGUGCUCAACCACCCUUGCAGCCAGCACAGCCCAUCAAUAUCGAAGCAGCGACUUCGCGGAGAUCUCGCAUUUCACACGCCAGGCGAACCAGGAUGCUCUUUUGCUACUCAUGCGAGAAUCACAGGCGGCGAAGGAUGCGACUUACAGUCAUUGUCGGAAAUGAUCGUUGUAAUACAUCAGUCUGGUGACCUCACUCGUAAACUUGAAGACUGCGGUUUAUUCCAACGCUUCGCUUUCUCCGGUGCCUCGAUUCUCGAGAACGGUUCUACACUUGAGUUGGCGUUGAAAAGACCAGUCUCGCUGGAAGUUGGCGAUGAUGGCAUCAUUGGUCGCAGAGUCUCCGUCUUUCCCGGGACUGAGAUGGAUCACGCAUGUGCUGAGGGCAUCGUUGGGUUCAACUUCGUCAACGCGUUAUAAGAACAUGACACCGCAUCUAAUUUGAGGAGUUAUUAUUUGCAUGGUAUUUGGCGUCAAAGCACGGUUCAAUAUUGGCAUUCGAGAUUUAGGGAUGGGUUUGAUACAAAGACUGGGAUUGGGAUCCGGAGUAAAAUUAUUCAAGUACACUUGCAAAUUGAGUGUAUGUAUUCAUCGGGCUGAGCAAACUGGAACGCUCUGGACCUUUUACUUUGAAUUGGGAACAUUGACUUAUCAGACAUACCUCGAGCUUUCAGUUUAGUUCGUGGUCUCGCAACAAAUUCAACAAGCUUCUAAAAGAUACGAGCUGGUAUCCAUCCAGCGGGAAUGGCUUAGAGUCUGAUGCGCGACUGCUGUGUGCUGAUACUAAGUAUGUAGCCUAUCGCUUUAUGGGCCGGUCUACUUUCCAGUGGAGUAGUAAUAUAACAUGCUACGUACUAUCU